CAUUCGAGAUCCCUUUCGAUUGAUAAAAAUCGAACUUUUUCGCGAGCGAGAGAGACCUCUUCUUCCCCAAAAACCCUAGUUUUUGCUCUGAAGAAGAAGCUUUUCAAUGGGGAGAUUCCUCUUCUUGGAGGCCAUGCUUCCGCUGGGCAUCAUUGCUGGGUUCUUGUGCGUGAUGGGCAACACUCAGUAUUACAUCCACAAGGCCGUCCAUGGCCGCCCGAAGCACGUUGGGAAUGAUAUGUGGGAUGUGGCUAUGGAGCGGAGGGACAAAAAGAUCGUGGAGGAAUACUCCUCUGCUUCCAAUUGAAGUGUAGGUUGUGAUGUCAAUUGAGUGGGGGAAUAUCAGUCACAAAUAAUGUACUACUGAGAAACAAGAACAAUUUGCUUGAAGUUUCUGAUAUUGUCAUUCUUAUGAUGUGUUUUGCUUGUGGACUCCAAAAUUUGAAAUCAGGUUACAAAUCAAAUCCAGCUGUUUUAUGGUUGUUUAUUUGUGUCCAUACUUUCCAAAGCUUGAUGUUAAAUCUUAGCCAUAGUUGAAGUAUUUCAGGAAGAAAUCUUUCUUUGAAAA